AUGGCGUCUGUAGCGCCCCCGCGUCCUGAUGUGCCUCGACGGCAACUGCGAAGUCGCCAGGCAAGCGCAGGUGUGGUGCCUGCAACGACCGAAGUACCAAAAACGUCUGACAUUCCCUCGACUACAGACUACGAAUGCGACAUCUACGCAAUCGAGACCAGCCCGCAUACCAAUGUCACUUUUGCGCUCGCAGGCGAGCCUGAUCUCUCGCCAGAAAGCCGUCGGUUGCGGAAGAGGAAGGAGUCGCCCUGCGAGGCUGACAGUGAGGUUGCUGUGGCCGACUCACGGCGAAAUCCUAAGCGGAAAGCCACAGAGACUGCGGCUGCUUCUCAAGAGGCGAGAGACUACCAGACGCUUCUACGUGAAUCUUUGGCGCCCCUGGACAAGGAUGAGCUCAAGGAAUGGGAGGGUUGGUGUGAGGUGGAGUCUGAGCCUGCCUUCUUCAAUGCUAUGCUACGAGAGAUGGGCGUCAAGGAUGUGAAAGUCCAAGAGGUUUUCUCGGUCGAUGAAGAUUAUGUGGCGACUCUUCCGCAACCCGUCUACGGGCUCAUCUUUCUCUAUCAAUACUUCUCGGAGAACUACGAGGACGAUGAAGUUGUCGACGGCCGCGACGUUUGGUUUGCGAAUCAGACGACAGAUAAUGCCUGCGCAACUGUCGCCAUGACCAAUAUCCUAAUGAACAGCGCAGGGGUCGAUCUUGGACAGGACCUCCAAAACCUCAAGGAUUCUACCAGCAGCCUCAGCACUCCGCUUCGUGGCCACGCCCUGAGCUCAAACACCUUCAUCCGUUCUGUCCACAACUCCUUCACGCGAAGAAUGGACCAUCUGAAUGCAGACCUCUUCCUUGAGACCGAAGCAGCUGAGUCCAAGAAAAAGAAGCGCAGGGGACCGGCGAAGAAGAAAAAGAGAAUCAAGAAGCAAAAGAUCGACUCAGAGUCGGGCUACCACUUCAUCGCCUAUGUACCAGCUAAUGGCUCGGUAUGGGAGCUGGAUGGUCUCAAGACAAGGCCGGUCUGUCUCGGACCCCUCGAAGAAGGUGUCCACUGGGCCAAUCUCGUCCAGCCCGAAAUCCAGGCUCGCAUGUUCCAGUUCGAAGAGAGCGCUCUCUCCUUCAAUCUACUCGCGCUCUGCAAAAGCCCGUUGAAAAUCUUAUCAGGGGAACUCGCGAGCACGAUCCGCUCUUUUGAACUUUUGGAGAGUCGCACCAAGGGUCUCGACGGUUGGCAAAGUCUCGUUGCCGGUAACAAACAGCCUCUACAGCGCUCUGAGACAGAGCGCAUUGCCGGCUUCGGCAUCUAUGAAUCGGACAUAGAGAAGGCGCGAGUUGACCCGGCAUUCGAGAAGAAGGUCACGAAUCCGACCAUGGAGAUGAUGGAGCUCUUCGAUCUCCACACCGAUCUCGUAACGAAGCAGAAGGCUCUAAUGGGAGAGUACAAUACCGAGAUCGGUUUCAUGAAAGAGGACGAUGACCGUGUGCAGGGACGGAAGAAGGAUCAUACUCCUGCGAUUCAUUGCUGGAUGCAGAAGCUGGCGGAGCACGGCGUGAUCGCAGACUGGGCAGCUGAUUCCUAG